GUGACCAUUUAGCCCAUAUCUUACGCUUACGAUCAGGUCUGUCGUUCAGUUACUACCAGCAACCCAACUCGGCGUCCCCACCAGAUACCUUCUCCGCACCACCAAAUAAUCAACAGAUUUUGAGGCGGCAGGUGUCGGAGAGCCGUCUCAAAAUGGCGGGUAUAGUGGUGAUUUUUGACUUUGACAGGACGAUAAUAGACGGGGACAGCGACAGUUGGGUGGUGACAGAGAUGGGACUCUCCGACCUCUUCCAUCGGCUUCGCUCUACCUUGCCUUGGAAUUCCCUCAUGGAUAGGAUGAUGGAGGAACUUCAUUUCCUAGGGAGAACAGCUGAGGAGAUUGCAGAAUGCUUGAAACGGACUCCUUUGCAUCCAAGAAUUGCUGCUGCCAUAAAAUCUGCCUAUGCGCUUGGUUGCGACUUGAGGAUACUCAGUGAUGCAAAUCGGUUUUUCAUUGAGAAAAUCUUGGAACAUCAUGGUCUGUUGGGUUGCUUUUCGAAGAUCUAUACAAACCCAAGCUUUGUAGAUGAAGAAGCAAGGCUUAGGAUCUUCCCUUAUCGUGACUCUGCCUUAUCUCCACAUGGAUGUAUUCUAUGUCCUUCCAAUUUGUGCAAGGGUCUAGUACUUGACCUUAUCUAUGGUUCUGCUCCUGAAGGAGAAAGGCGCACUUUUAUCUACCUGGGAGAUGGGAGAGGUGAUUACUGCCCAACUUUGAAGCUUCAAGACAGUGAUUAUGUGAUGCCAAGGAAGGAUUAUCCUUUAUGGGACCGUAUUUCCAGUGACCCAGCCCUUGUCAAAGCAGAAGUUCAUGAAUGGAGCACCGGUGAAGAGCUUGAGAAGAUCUUGCUCCACCUUAUUGACACAAUCUCCACAGAACAAAGCAUCAGUGGCAGCAAUUCUUCUUCUCAAUCAAACUCAUCUGAUUGCAAGCUCCACAUGUCAGUGUCUUCACCUGAAGCAUUUUAAGUCAAAACCAGAUACCAUUAACAGUGGUGGGCGUUCUCGUAUUGCUUUCUAAUCUACUAUCAGCUCAAGCAACAAUUGACAAAUGUAGAAUUUUUCUUUCUCUUUGGGAAUCUGAUCUGAUUAUGUCAUUAGAUCCGGCCCACAUGAUUUAGGAAUCUGAUCUGAUUCAGUUUUUAUCCUUAUUUCUGAAUUCUGAUAAUCUAUUUGUAACUCAUGAGGAGAAUAGGAGAAGAGAUUAUGGAUGCUAAUUUGAUAAUUCGAAGAUGUUAUCUUUUAAAAUUAAUUAUAUGAAUUAAUUGAGUUAAAUUUUAAAUUUGAAAAUAUUUUUUCAAACACGAUUCUCAUGUAAUUUAGUUAAAAGCAGCUUUUCU